AUGAACCGCCCCGCCGCCGCGAGGCCUGGCACUCCACGCGGGGCGCGACAAACAAACAGCGACGCGAACCUCCUUUCACACCCGCUCAAACGCCUGUCCCUGCACUCGGCCUCCAACACCCCGCUACCGCAGUCCCCCGCCUUGAACUCGCCCAGGAGUUCCGCUGACCUGCGCCGGACGCCCUCGACGCCCAAUUUCAAAGCCAAUGCCAUCCAGCGCAGCCCCAGUGUAGCCAGUUUCCGCUCCUCUACGCCCACCCUGGGCAGGAAGACCUCGACCUCUUCCCUCCGCGGCGAUCCUCCUCGACCGGGCACUCCCCGAAGUUCCGCUUCCCGCCGGUCGUCGUUCAAUCCGAAUAUGCAGGCACCCAUGCCCAAGAGCCCGCUGGGUCCCACACAUGUAGAAGAGAAGCCACCUCUGCGCGCAUGUGAUGUCGCCGAGGAGUACUUUAAGAAGGAGCUGGCCCGACAUGAGGGCAUGGCAGGCGCAGUCAACGCAGGAACUGUCGUCAUUGUGCACGACCAAUGCUACGGCCAUCGCUUCUCACGUCCCAAGACAUCCAAGAGCCACCUCAGCUUGAUCAUGGAGCGACCCGAGAGAAUCCUGGCGAGUGUCUUGGGUAUAUCGGCAGCCUACGUACGGCUCGGAGAGCGCCACGCUGAGGGAGACAACCCGCCACAUCCACACCAUAACCCACCCGAACGGGUACCUUUCAAGAUUCGCAAGACUUCGCGCGCUGUCGACAUCACUUCGCAGGUCGUCACAAACGUACACGGAACGAAAUGGAUGGGCGAACUCAAGACACUCUGCGACAAUGCGGAGCGGAAGCUCGCAUCAACUGGGAAGGAGCUGGCCAGGGACGCUCCUCCAGUUCCUGGACAAGCGCCCAAGCAGCAACUGCAUGCGGGUGACCUUUACCUCUGUCCCGAAUCCCUCAACGCUUUUCAGGGUGCUCUGGGUGGUGUCUUGGACGCUGUGGACGCUGUCUUCCAGGGAACAAGUCUAGGUGGUGGCCCCUCUAGAGCUUUCGUCUGCAUCCGUCCGCCUGGCCACCACUGCUCUGACGACUUUCCCUCGGGUUUCUGCUGGCUGAAUAAUGUUCACGUUGGCAUUGAACACGCUAUGAUGACAUAUGGGCUCACUCACGCAGCCAUCAUUGACUUUGAUCUGCAUCACGGAGACGGCUCGCAGGCUAUAACAUGGGCGCGUAACAAGAAGGUCCAGAACAUGCCCAAAAACACCCCCAACUGGAAAAAGACCUCAAUCGGCUACUUCAGCUUACACGACAUCAACUCAUACCCAUGUGAAGACGGCGACGAUGACAAAGUCCAGGCGGCCAGUCUGUGUAUAGACAACGCCCACGGUCAGUCUAUCUGGAACGUCCAUCUACAAUCUUGGAAGACACCCGAGCAGUUCUGGGAAAUUUAUGAGGAGAAGUACUUGGUACUACUUGAGAAAACCCGUCAAUAUCUCAAACACCACACCAACCGCCUACGGUCCACACCAAAUCAACCUGCCCCCAAAGCAGCCAUCUUCCUAUCCGCUGGUUUCGAUGCGAGUGAAUGGGAGACUGCUGGAAUGCAACGCCACAGCGUCAACGUGCCUACUGAAUUCUACGCUCGUUUCACUCGGGAUGUGGUCCGGUUGGCUGAAGAAGAGGGCACAUCUGUGGAAGGGCGUGUCAUCUCAGUUUUGGAGGGCGGGUACAGCGAUCGAGCGCUCACUAGUGGUGUCUUCAGUCAUUUGAGCGGCCUCGUGGAUGGCCAAGUCUUGAAGGCCUCAGAACCAUCAACGGGCCUCUCUCACUCUAUGCGCAACAGACUUAGUGGAAUCAGCAUACAGGACGAAGACGUUCCCAUGCAGUCUGUCGAAGCAGAGCUCACGCCCGUCAGCUACGAUCCCCUAUGGUGGCAUACAGAUCGUUUGUCUGAAUUGGAUGGCCUCGUUCCGCCCCCGCCCGUACAUGUCUCGAAGACGACACGCACUGACCGUCUGGCCCAUUUUUCUUCGCCCACCCAGUCCUACGUAGCCAAAGUUGUGGAUCCAACCAAGAUCAAUCGUAGCCUUUCCGCCAAGUACGCCUCAAAUCCGUUGAGAGCGCCCACCCCACCACCACCGGAGGUUGACUGGGCUACUGCCGCCCAUGCUCUGCGUACUUUGCUGGUACCAUCGGAUCGCCAAACUCGUAGCCACCGACCAGAGGAUUUGGCCGAGGUCAAAGCCAAAAAGGAGAAGCCUGCUGCGUCUGCUGCGGCCCCAGCCCGCACAGAUACAUCAGGGCGACAACUGCGUGGUCGUAAAGCCGCUCCCUCCUACGCUGAGCCUGGUUCGGACGACGAAAAGACAUCUCGUGUAGAGUCACGGGCGAGUAGGCGGCAGACCAUAGCCGACUUUGCACCAGCCAGCUCAGAAGCUUCAGUUGCAGUAAGCUCUGCUUCUCGUCGCAUGAGUAUUGCUUCGAGCGUCUCUUCCAUAGGCGAUAACAGGGGUGUUAGUCGUGCGCCAAGUGUAGCAGCAAGCCGGAGAAGUGUUGCGCCUUCUGCAGCUCCAGCCAACGGAGUUGCGAUGAAGAAAGCACGGGGCUCAACAACGACGGCAGCUGCAGCAGCUCGUGCGCCUCCACGUCCAGCCGUUACAAAAAUGCCUUCAACCCAGUCUGUCAAACCCAGUGCCCCUAAAGACAAGGAGAACGAUGGCAUGGACGCACUUACUUCAGGCCUAAAGCGGGUUACGUUGAAGAUGCCCUCAAAAGAGGAAUAUGAUGCACGGGAGAGGGAGAAGGCUGAGAAAUUGAAGGCUGCCGAAGCACCGAAAAGAACCACUACCCGAAAGCCGCCGGCUGCGCGCGCUCCUCCGACAAAGCCUGCGACCAAACCAGCGACGACCGCAAAAAGGGGUCCAGGUCGUCCAGCAAAGACUUCCAAACCUGCAUCCCCAGUUCCCGAGGCCCCGCAGAUGCAGGUAUCUGCUGCUGCGCCGCUCGAGCAGCCUCAGCCGGUACAGAUGGAUUCGUCUACUGUCUUGCCACAGCAGGAAAUGCAAGCUUCCAUGGAACAACCUCCAAUCGAUCGUCGAAUCUCUGGCGGAAUCGUGCAACCACCCACUGAAUUGCAUGAUAUGGCUAUAACACCCGAGCAAAUCCGGGAACAGCUACCUAUGGUAAGUUCUGACCACGUAAUGCACAUGAAACAUAUGCUAACUUCGCAGCCAUCUUUCGUCACUGUAACAGAGCCGCUCAAGGAUGUUUCACCACCUUCCCGCGCCGAUACGCCUCCGCCUCCACCCCCAUCGAAUCUUUCCGAGUUUGUCAACUACACUGCGCAGAACUUUGGCGGAAAUUCAGAGUUUGUAACUCCGCACGACGCAUCAGAUCCUCAGGCCUCGGCAACUUUACAGUGGGUUGCCAAUACACAUGCUGAGGAUACAAGCAUGCCUGGAGUUCCACUCAUGUCACCGCCAAGCAAGAGGGCUGAUCUGCCUGUCUUCACACCAAACGGCGCGAUACCAUUCGCAUCAAACUCGAAUGGAGCCAUGAACUCACACACUAGACCGGAGGAUGCCGGUGCUGAAUUGAAGAAAGAGGAGAAUGGAAGGGAUAUCUGGGACAUACCCGACACGCCAGCUCGUUAG